AUGGAACUGUCAGAGGCUUUUGUGGUGCAGGCUGCUGCGCGCGCAGCGCCGGCCACACAUGUUCCCCAGCCCACAGCGGCCACAGCGGCCACGGCCAGAAGCAGCGGGGCAACCCUCGGUGCAGCUGCAGCCGUGGCCACAGUGGGUGUCCUGUCCAGCCGCGCGCGGCGGCAUCGCCCAAAGCUUUUGAAGCGGCGGCUGGCAAAGGUCACCAAGGCAGCUGUGCCGCCUGAGAGCAUUGACUUGCUGCAUCCUCAUGUGUGGAGUGGCUUGGAAGAGCAAAGCACUCAACUGCUGGAGCACUUCACACAGGCAAUGCACAAAGCCUCUGGAGAACACGCAGAUGCACCGAGUUUCGAAGCCAUGGCCAUGGCAGUACAGCAGUUUUCCGAAGCCCUUUCAGAAGCAGCAGGUCGCCUGGGCCAUGAACUGGUGCCUCCAGCAUAUGCGGCUGAUGCCAAGCCCAUAGAGCUUGACCCCAAUGUGACUUAUCUCUAUGGCGCAGAUGGGAACGUUCUUGUGGACCCCAUGAACAACAAGCCGCUGCCUGAUGAUUGGUGGAAUGGCUUCAUUGGGUUCCAGGCAAACCUCAUCAAGGGCCUUGACCAGACUUUGCGGGACAACGGUGUAGAGCAGGCUUUUGGAUGGACCAUCGUGGCCUACACCGCCUUCAUCAAACUCCUCUUCUUCCCUCUGCAGCAGGGCCAGUUGAAGAGCACCAGCAUGAUGCAGCUCCUCAGCCCAAAGGUGAAAGAGAUUCAGGAAAAGUACAAGGAUGAUCCCGACACCCAGCAGCGAUUGCUUGGCCAGCUGUAUGGAGUUAUGGACGUGAACCCGUUGGGCGGAUGCCUUCCAGUCCUGCUUCAGCUGCCCAUCUUCUGGAGCCUUUACGGGGUGUGGCGACGACUGGCUGCAGAGAAGUUCCCGCACUACACCGAAGGAUGGCUUUGGGUGCCGUCCCUUGCGCAGCCGAAUCCCGACUUCCAGUUCAAGUAUGAUUGGCUGCUCCAGUUCCAGGAUGGUAAGCCCGAGAUGGGAUGGGAGAACUACCUCUCAUACCUGGUGUUCCCUGUUCUGCUGGUCGGAUUUACCGUUUUCCAGCAGCAGCAGGCGCAGGCAAGCCGCCCCAAGACAGGCAACGAGGAGGAUACGCAGAAUUUGGUGCUCCAGGUGCUGCCCUGGAUCUCUGUCUACUUCAUCGGCAGCUUGUCCCUCCAGCUCCCGCAGGCAGUGUCGGUUUACUACUCCAUGAACAGUGCCCUGUCACUGCUGCAGACGUCCGUCGUCAAGUACGGGCUGCGACAGGAGAUCCCAGGCUACGAGGAGUUCGAGAGGACUGGCAAGUUCCCCGAGGGCACGUUCGAGGAGAUGGUGAGGUCUCAGACGCCAAGGCCGAAGAAUCUUCACGAGGCAGCACUGCGCGGUGAAGUCAAGUUCAUCGAGGAGAUGUUGGACGAAGAGAGCAUUGACAUCAACAAGUGGGACGACAAACAGAUUGCGCAGCAGACCCAGACCUUGCGCACAGGCUAUGAAAGGGAGCGUUUCGUUGGGGCGGUGACCGGUGUAAAUGAUCAUGCAGACAUUUGCCCCGGGAAGCCGACAAACAUCUGUCAAAGCCUGCCCAGCCCCUAA